UGGGCCAAAUAAAGAGCACUCCGUACAAUUCUUCCCUCCCUCACAAAACAUUGCAACAAAAUUAUAUUCUGGGAUUUUUGAAAACUAGCCCUUCAAAAAAAAAGAAAAAAAACCAUAAUCCCCAUAGUACUGAAGUGAACGCUCGAAACUGACUCUUCUGCCGCUUCCUCUCUUCCGCCGAUCACUAACUUCUCGAAUCGUCCUAGGGCUGACCCAACUAUUGCUCCCCCGGUGUUCAAACAGGCCGCAGGUUUUGUAUAUUUUCGUGUACCGUAAGAUAUGGGAAGGAGGAUUUUGAACGACGCAUUAAGAGCUAUUGUCAAUGCUGAGAGGAGGGGAAAAUCUAUGGUGGAACUGAAACCCAUUUCCACUGUCAUGGCUUCUUUUCUGAAAGUCAUGAAAGAUCAUGGAUAUAUCAAGGACUAUCAAGUUCACAAUCCACAAAGAGUUGGAAGGAUAACAGUUGACCUGCAAGGUAGGAUCAAGGAUUGCAAGGCACUCACCUACAGGCAGGACAUCAAGGCAAAGGAUAUUGAAGCUUACAGAUUACGAACACUUCCAACACUUCAGUGGGGUUAUGUUGUGAUUACUACUCCAGAAGGCAUCUUGGAUCAUGAAGAGGCAAUGAAAAGGAAUGUUGGGGGUCAGGUUCUUGGAUUCUUUCAUUAGAGAGCCUCCUUGUUUGGCUGUUCCUUGAUUUAUGAGUUUUUCUUUUCAAAUGUUUCCCAUAUUGCAUUGUGAUCUUCUUAUGGCUUAGUUUUCUUAUUUGUGGCCUUUUGAUUUUGUAUUAUCUAAUCAAAAUGGUGUAUGCAUUAGUGUCAUAGAAGGCAGGUACUGCUGUCCUCUCUUUGAGUGUUGUUGCUCCCUCCAGGAAUAUAAGCAUAAUAUCAGUUUUGAACUUUCAGAAAAUGAAAAGAAAAACUUUAUACAA